AUGUGGACCCUCGUGAUCUUGUUCCUGGGUAUAACUGGUGGUGUGUCGACAGAGGCCUUCAAUGAAGCACGAGAUGAUAUAUCAAGUGAAGGAUCCGAUGGACUUAAUGCAUGUCAGCUGAUAUGUGGCAAAAUGGUUGAUGACGAAAGAGUUCCUAGUGCUGUCACCAGGUUCCCCUGUACAGUGUUAUCAGAGGCAUUUGGCAGGAGUCUCAAGGCCAGUGUUGUCAAGUCUAUCAACUGCCUCAUUCCCCGAGACACCGACAAGUUUGGUAUCCACAGGGAUAUCACUGGACGCCCUGCAUCCAGAAGUGAAGACGUAGCCCUUGUAUUCGACACCAUAAGGAACGCUUGUCUAUAUGGCUGUCAGGCAUAUCAUCAUGGGAUCAUGAGUGACUACCCAGAUUUUGGCAGUGACAGUUACGAUGCUCACAAACAGGUGUGUCAUUAUGGAUGUGCACAUAAGUUCGACUCGUCUCCGGUUGAGGAUGAAGCUUGUAUGACAGGCUGCAAUAUGAUCCAUAGACUAAUCACACACAAGUCUCCUGAAACACAAGAGGACAUGGAAGCCACGAAGAAAAUUGAAGAUACCUUCGAUACGAACUAUACUCUCCCAUUCAAAGGAAUAAAUCGUACAGUUGGACAAAAGGAACAGUCGUUUGAAAAUAUAUCUUUUGAUAUGCAAGGAAUGGUUGCAAGUAAGGCUGACAUAAGAAGAAAAUUAAAACCACAACAGUCACCUCUCUACUUGGGGACUACGUCUGAGAGUGUACAAAAGAAAAAUAUAACCGUUGAUAUUGUGGGAGCGCUUGGAAAUACAAAGAAAAAGAAAGUUAAAGCAACGAAGAAAGUUCCGGGAAAGGAAAAGAAAGUUGAAGCAAAGGAGGUUCAAGGAAAGGAAAAGGAAGUUGAAGUAAAGAAAAUUCCAGGAAAGGAAAAGAAAGAUAAAGCAAUGAAGAAGGUUUCAAGAAAGAAAAAGAAAAUUGAAGUAAGGAAAGUUCCAGGAAAGCAAAAGAAAGUUGAGGAAAAGAAGAAAGUUUUAAUAGAAAAGAAAGUUCCAGGAAAGGAAGAGAAAGUUGAAGCAAAGAAGAAAGUUCCAGGAAAGGAAAAGAAAGUUGAAGCAAAGAAGGUUCCAGGAAAGGAAGAGAAAGUUAAAGCAAAGAAGAAAGUUUCAGGAAAGGAAGAGAAAGUUGAAGCAAAGAAGAAAGUUUCAGGAAAGGAAGAGAAAAUUGAAGCCAAAAAAGUUCCAAGAAAGGAAAAGAAAGUUGAAGCAAAGAAGAAAGUUCCAGGAAAGGAAGAGGAAGUUGAAGCAAAGAAGAAAGUUCUAAGAAUGGAAAAGAAAGUUGAAGCAAAGAAAGUUCCAGGAAAGGAAAAGAAAGUAGAAGCAAAGAAGGUUCCAGGAAAGGAAAAGAAAGUUUCAGUAAAGGAAAAUAAAGUUGAAGCAAAGAAGAUUCCAGGAAAGGAAAAGGUUUCAGUAAAGGAAAAGAAAGUUGAAGCAAAGAAGAAAGUUUCAGGAAAGGAAGAGAAAGUUGAAGCAAAAAAAGUUCCAAGAAAGGAAAAGAAAGUUGAAGCAAAGAAGAAAGUUCCAGGAAAGGAAGAGGAAGUUGAAGCAAAGAAGAAACUUCUAAGAAUGGAAAAGAAAGUUGAAGCAAAGAAAGUUCCAGGAAAGGAAAAGAAAGUAGAAGCAAAGAAGGUUCCAGGAAAGGAAAAGAAAGUUUCAGUAAAGGAAAAGAAAGUUGAAGCAAAGAAGAAGGUUCCAGAAAAGGAAGAGAAAGUUGAAGCAAAGAAGAAAGUUUCAGGAAAGGAAGAGAAAGUUGAAGCAAAAAAAGUUCCAAGAAAGGAAAAGAAAGUUGAAGCAAAGAAGAAAGUUCCAGGAAAGGAAGAGGAAGUUGAAGCAAAGAAGAAACUUCUAAGAAUGGAAAAGAAAGUUGAAGCAAGGAAAGUUCCAGGAAAGGAAAAGAAAGUAGAAGCAAAGAAGGUUCCAGGAAAGGAAAAGAAAGUUUCAGUAAAGGAAAAGAAAGUUGAAGCAAAGAAGAAGGUUCCAGAAAAGGAAGAGAAAGUUGAAGCAAAGAAGAACGUUUCAGGAAAGGAAGAGAAAGUUGAAGCAAAAAAAGUUCCAAGAAAGGAAAAUAAAGUUGAAGCAAAGAAGAAAGUUCCAGGAAAGGAAGAGGAAGUUGAAGCAAAGAAGAAACUUCUAAGAAUGGAAAAGAAAGUUGAAGCAAAGAAAGUUCCAGGAAAGGAAAAGAAAGUAGAAGCAAAGAAGGUUCCAGGAAAGGAAAAGAAAGUUUCAGUAAAGGAAAAUAAAGUUAAAGCAAAGAAGAUUCCAGGAAAGGAAAAGGUUUCAGUAAAGGAAAAGAAAGAUGAAGCGAAGAAAGUUCCAGGAAAGGAAAAGAAAGUUGAAGCAAAGAAGAAAGUUCCUGGAAAAGAAAAGAGGGUUUCAGCAAAGGAAAAUAAAGUUGAAGUAAAGAAGAAAGUUCCAGAUAAAGAAGAGAAAGUUGAAGCAAAGAAGAAAGUUCCAAGAAUGGAAAAGAAAGUAGAAUCAAAGAAAGUUCCAGUUAAGGAAAAGAAAGAUGAAGCCAAGAAAGUUUCAGGGGAGGAAAAAAAAUAUGAAGCCAAGAAAGUUCCAGGGGAGGAAAAGAAAGAUGAAGCCAAGAAAGUUCCAGGGGAGGAAAAGAAAGAUGAAGCCAAGAAAGUUUCAGGGGAGGGAAAAAAAUAUGAAGCCAAGAAAGUUCCAGGAGGAGAAAAGAAAGAUAUACUCAAAGUUCCAGGAAAAGAAAAGAAAGAUGAAGCCAAGAAAGUUUCAGGAGAGGAAAAGAUAGAUGAAGCAAAGAAAGUUCCAGUUAUGGAAAAGAAAGAUGAAGCCAAGAAAGUUUCAGGAGAGGAAAAGAAAGAUGAAGCAAAGAAAGUUCCAGUUAUGGAAAAGAAAGAUGAAGCUAAGAAAGUUUCAGGGGAGGAAAAAAAAUAUGAAGCCAAGAAAGUUCCAGGAGGGGAAAAGAAAGAUGUACUCAAUGUUCCAGGAAAAGAAAAGAAAGAUGAAGCAAAGAAAGUUCCAGUUAAAGAAAAGAAAGUUCUAGGGCAGGAAAAUAAAGAUGAAGCCAAGAAAGUUCCAGGAGAGAAAAAUAAAGAUGAAGCCAAGAAAGUUUCAGUAGAGGAAAAUAAAGCCAAGAAAGUUCCAGUAGAGGAAAAUAAAGAAGCCAAGAAAGUUCCAGUAGAGGAAAAUAAAGAAGCCAAGAAAGUUCCAGUAGAGGAAAAUAAAGAAGCCAAGAAAAUUCCAGUAGAGGAAAAUAAAGAAGCCGAGAAAGUUCCAGGAGAGGAAAAGAAAAAUUAAGUAAAGAAAGUUCCAGUAAAGGGAAAAAAAGAUGAAACCAAGAAAGUUCCAGGAGAGGAAAAGAAAGUUGAAGCAAAAAGAAAAUUGUGGGAAAGGAAAAAAAUUCUAGUAAAGGAAAUGAACGUCGAGAAAAUGAGACGAAAGAUCCAGGAAAGGAAUAGAAAGGUGAAGAUCAAAGGGGAGACGUCUGUUUAUGGAUAAAACUGGGUGAGGAAAGGUAAGAGAAAGAAGUAGUGGGGGAAGGGAAAGAAGUGAAGGAAGGAUGAGAAGAGGAAAUUCGGGAAAUAUGUAAAUCAUAUACCUUUAUGUAAAGGAGGCAACAUUAUCAAUAGGUUUGUUCCUGGAUAUUGAAUCCCUUCUUCACGUUUCUCAGUGAGGACAGGUGAGGAAACUCGGUAGUGGGGGAACUCGAGUUGCUGUGUCUAGCCAUUCGCAAAGUUACCAGAAGAAGAAUAUUUCUCAUGUAUUUUUCGUGUAAUUGUGAGGGAUUUAUAUGAUUUUGAUUAUUUUGUAUU